UGGCAGUACAGUGAUCACAGUAACAGGAACAAACCUGUUGACGAUCCAGGAGCCGAAAGUCAGAGCAAAGUACGGAGGAGUGGAAACGAAUAAUUUCUGUACGGUGGUCAACGACAGCACCAUGACGUGUUUGGCUCCAGGUCUGAUUUACAGUAAACCCAACCCACCAGAGGGGGCGCUGCAGCCCGACGAGUUUGGUUUCAUCUUUGACCAGGUCUCGUCUCUGCUGGUGCUGAACUCCACCCCCUUCACACACUACCCCAACCCGACCUUUGACCCCCUGGGGAACUCUGGGAUCCUGGAGGUCAAACCGGGGUCACCCAUCAUCCUUAAGGGUAAGAACCUGAUCCCACCUGCCCCCGGUAACAACCGCCUGAACUACACGGUGCUGAUUGGAGAGUCUCCCUGCCUGUUGACCGUGUCAGAGAACCAGCUGCUCUGUGAUUCGCCAGAUCUCACCGGAGAACAGCGAGUCGUGAUCCUUGUGGGAGGUCUGGAAUAUUCCCCGGGAACGCUCCACAUCUACUCCGACAGCGCCCUGACGCUUCCCGCCAUCAUCGGCAUCGGAGCGGGCGGAGGCGUGCUGCUCAUUGCGAUCAUCGCCGUGCUGAUCGCCUACAAGAGGAAGACUCGCGACGCAGACCGGACUCUGAAACGCCUCCAGCUGCAGAUGGACAACCUGGAGAGCCGGGUGGCGCUAGAGUGCAAAGAGGCGUUCGCAGAGCUGCAGACCGACAUCCAGGAACUGACCAACGACAUGGACGGAGUCAAGAUUCCUUUCCUGGAGUAUCGAACCUACACCAUGAGAGUCAUGUUCCCUGGGAUAGAAGAACACCCGGUGCUCAAAGAGCUCGACUCUCCAGCGAACGUGGAGAAAUCUCUGCGUCUCUUCAGUCAGCUGCUCAACAACAAGAUGUUCCUGUUGACCUUCAUCCACACGCUGGAGGCUCAGAGGUCGUUCUCCAUGAGAGACCGAGGGAACGUGGCCUCGCUGCUGAUGGCCGCUCUGCAGGGUCGGAUGGAAUAUGCCACCGUGGUGUUAAAGCAGCUUCUCGCCGACCUGAUCGAGAAAAACCUGGAGAACAGGAAUCAUCCCAAACUGCUGCUGAGGAGGACGGAGUCAGUCGCGGAGAAGAUGUUGACAAACUGGUUCACUUUCCUGCUGCAUCGUUUCCUCAAGGAGUGCGCCGGCGAGCCGCUCUUCAUGCUGUACUGCGCCAUAAAGCAGCAGAUGGAGAAGGGGCCGAUCGACGCCAUCACGGGAGAAGCUCGCUACUCUCUGAGCGAAGACAAGCUGAUCAGACAGCAGAUCGACUACAAGCAACUGACCCUGAUGUGCAUCCCUCCGGAGGGCGAGGCGGGGACGGAGGUGCCGGUGAAGGUGUUAAACUGUGACACAGUGACUCAGGUCAAAGACAAGCUGCUGGACGCCGUUUACAAAGGGAUCCCGUUCUCACAGAGACAGCAGGCGGACGACAUGGACCUCGAGUGGCGUCAGGGUCGACUGACCCGCAUCAUCCUGCAGGACGAGGACGUGACAACCAAGAUAGAGAGCGACUGGAAGAGACUGAACACACUGGCACACUACCAGGUAACAGACGGCUCGUUGGUGGCGCUGGUCCAGAAGCAGGUUUCUGCCUACAACAUCGCCAACUCCUUCACCUUCACCAGAUCCCUGAGCAGAUACGAGUCGUUACUCAGGACGUCCAGUAGUCCUGACAGUCUGAGAUCCAGAGCUCCCAUGAUCACCCCGGACCAGGAGACAGGAACUAAACUGUGGCAUCUGGUGAAAAAUCACGAGCACAGCGACCAGAGAGAAGGAGACAGAGGCAGCAAGAUGGUUUCUGAGAUCUACCUGACCAGACUGCUGGCAACCAAGGGGACGCUGCAGAAGUUUGUGGACGACCUGUUUGAGACAGUGUUCAGCACUGCGCACCGCGGCUCUGCUCUCCCAUUGGCCAUCAAGUACAUGUUUGACUUCUUGGACGAGCAGGCCGACAAACGGCAGAUCACCGACCCGGACGUCCGACACACCUGGAAGAGCAACUGCCUUCCUCUCAGGUUCUGGGUCAACGUCAUCAAAAAUCCUCAGUUUGUGUUCGACAUCCACAAGAGUAGCAUCACUGACGCCUGUCUGUCGGUCGUCGCUCAGACCUUCAUGGACUCCUGCUCGACGUCCGAACACCGACUCGGCAAAGACUCGCCGUCCAACAAGCUGCUCUACGCUAAAGACAUCCCCAACUACAAGAGCUGGGUGGAGAGGUACUACAGGGAUAUUGCAAAGAUGCCCAGCAUCAGUGAUCAGGACAUGGACGCGUACCUGGUGGAACAGUCCCGUCUCCACGGAAAUGAGUUCAACACACUGAGUGCGCUCAGCGAGCUCUACUUCUACAUCAACAAGUACAAGGAGGAGAUCCUGACAGCGUUGGACCGGGACGGUUACUGUCGCAAACACAAACUGAGGCACAAACUGGAGCAAGCCAUCAAUCUGAUGUCUGGGAGCAGCUGAGAGGAGGAGAAGGACAAGUGGACCAAUGGACUGAUGGAUCGAUUGGGGGAUGGGGGAGGAUGAAUGGGGGAGGGGGAAGUCAGAGCAUUUUGUUUUUCUGAACUGUUUGAACAGUCAGCUGAACUGAGCCGUGUUGGAUUGAACUGACGGCCACAGCUCCGGUCCUUAGCAAUCAAUCCAUCAGUAAUUUAUUUGUCAAUGGACUGAUUGAUUGAUAUGAAGAUUUACUGGCUGGCUGGGACCCCGACUACCUCCGUCUGGUGGGUAUUGGGGCAGAAAAUCAGUUUCCAAACCAAAUUGGAAAAAAUUCACAACAUAACUUCAAUGUGGAAUCGGAUGGAGUCAUUUUGUGGAAAAAAAGAAACCUUGAUGCAUCACUUGGUUUGGAUUUAAAUCUGCUGAAGGUGCAAGACGUGGCUGUGGAAAAACCUGGACACGAGGCUGAAGACUGAGGCAGUUUUCACCAAACGAGGGAUGUGAUGUCAGGACUACUUGACUUGAGGAUUCCAAACCUGGUUUGGAACGUCUGGAUGCUUGGUUGAAGAGCAAAAGGUCAAGUCAACUUUCUGUCAAAGCUACAAACUCAAAAUACUUGGUCUGUUCUACAAAUGAAGACCUGAUGUUACCUUAAAGAUGUCAUCACAAGUGUAACGAAUCCAGGCUAAAUAUCCAAAGUUCAAUCCAGGACUGAGAGCAGAAGUUUGGGGCCUCUUACCGAUGUCGUUACUUUGGACUCUUUUGUCCUCACGCUGAAAUCCUGAGCUUAGAAGAUCAGGUCGAGAGAGGAAGCGUCAAAAUCCAGUCCUACCUUGAACUUGCUUGAGAAGGAUCCGUAAAGUUGUUUUAAGCUUUAAUGGCAGAGAAGGAAGCAGAUAAACUGAUGAAAACAGACGACUUGACCGAACCUUCAAACUGCUGCUCAGACUCAGAAGAUGUGGAACGCAGGUGGAAAACGACAGGAUUCAUCUUUGCAGUUAAUUGAGUCGACCUUGGGCUGUUCGGCCAAACCUUUUCAGGUUCUAGAAGUUUCUAAGUUUUAAAUAACCACUCAAUGUUGUUUCUCUGGACAAUCACUCUGUACCACAGCACACUGAGCCUGAUGCCUACCGACCGACCAGUACCUGUGUCCAUAAACCCGUCCUUUUCUCCCACCGUCUUCUUUUCCUUUCCUUCCAUCCUCUAAUCUCCUAUUAAUGCUCAACUUCAUGUCACCUCCUUCUCCAUCUUCCCUUUCUUUGUUUAUUUUUCACCCCACCUCUUCUUAUUUAACCCUCCCCCCCUGACCCUGCUCCAUCAUUGGUCAGCAAUGCUGGCCUCUGGCCAUUCUAUUGGCCAGGAAGACUCUUUAGUAAUGUACUGCCCGACCAAUCAAGACUGUGGAUCUCAAUUGUGAACAAUUAAUCAGAAAUUAAUUGGAAAAAAAUACAGAAUUGUGUUUUGAAUACAUUCCAGCACAGACACACAGGCAAGGUCUGUAAAUAAGCAGGUUGACCCAUCGAUUAUCGGAAGUUAAGAACUUCCAGAAGCAACUGAUCUUCAUGUUUCAGGACCAGAACGACCUGGACGACGGGGUUCUGGAUUCAGCACCAGUUGGUGAACUUUGACGCUGGUUGGUGUUGAUCAUUUUAUCGUCAGACCUUGCACAUGUACCCACAUAGAGCCAUGCUUUACAGCGCUACACUAACCGUGCCCAGGAGGAAAUACUGUGCAGAGCUAUAAGCCCAGUGCCAUGUAAGGAACGGACCGGAUCAUGUCAGAGCUGGACCGGACUUGGACCAAACCCAGAAACAACCCAGAAUGGAGUUUUAACUGGAUCGGACUCAAGAACUCUUAAGACUUGUGGCCAUAAUUGUACACAACAAAAAAAGAAAGAUAAUAAUAAUAAUAAUGAUGAUGAUGAUAAAGUAUAAAAUAAUUAAAAAAGAAAGGAAAAAAAGAAAUAUUAAAAUGUUAACAUGUAAUAAGAACUUUGUGGAUAUGACAGUUUGGAUUUUACGGAGCUGACCUUGUAUAAAAAUGAAAGUUAUGCUACAUCAGAGUCUGGAGAAAAAGAUGGAGAGCCAGGAGACGGAGCAAUGGAUUAGACCACACCCACCCCGUCCUCACACUGUCGCACCAGAACCGACUGAACUGGAUCCACCGGGAUUUAUCUGGACUGAGCGAGUCUGUUCUGUUCGAACCUGACGGAGCUGAACUUCAGCUCGGGAGGAAACAAACUGGACUUUUUGGUACUUUUUAUCCAAAUGCUGUGUUCUCAAAGGGGCGUGUCAGUUGCUGGAUGGAGGGUUGGCCCGGAGGUUCAGGCGGCGUUUGACGGGGUUAAAUUGUUGCAUGUUUGCUUCGGACGGAGUCUUUGUUUUGAUGAGCUCUUGUACAUCCUAAAGACGAAUGAGGGCGUUUUCACACUGCCGGCUCAGUCUCAGUUCUACGUUCUAAUUUAAAACUAUAUUUGAUGUGCAGACGCAGGAAUCGUAACUCCGCCCACCCGGAUGCACAGAGGAGCUUCAGACCAACUGUAACUCAAAAAGACUGAACCCGGUGUGUCACGCUCAAAGUUCUCUGUAUGAAUGAUGGUUAAAUGUCAGGUUGAGGACUUUCUAACAUGGCAAUGCUGCACCCCUCAUCCCCCCCCCCCCCCCGCCCCACCCCCACCUCUUUUUUUCUGUGGCAGAACAUUCACACUCAGCACAACUGAGUUGUAGGUUUGUCAACUUUAAAUUUCGACAGUUGUAUCUGACCUUUUGAGGAAAACACAGUGUUGAGCAUCCACAGGUUUUUUUGAAUUUCACAGACACAUUUGAGAUUUUCUGAGUCUGAUGGCUAAAAAUGAGAUGGUCCUGUUUUCCUCUUCAGAAAAAAUAGGUCUUGUUAUUUGCCGUCAUUAUCGCCUUGAAUCCACAAUUGUUAGCGCCCUCUGCUGGAUCACGAGACAAACUGCUUCAGACGUUUCAAGAUUAUUUUGUAAAUUCCAAACAGUUUAAACAAAAAUUUCCCCCAAAUGUUUGAAUGAAUGUUUGAAUAAUGAAGAAAAGAGUGAGCGCUAGUCGACGACAAGUGAUUAUCAAUAUGUAGCAUCUUUCAGUUUCACGUCUCGUGCAAAAAAAGUAUGAAUUUAAAAAACAUCCCCGAAACCUGUUGAACACUUCAAAUACUUCAAACCACUGUUUCUGAUGUCAUGAGCAUGAAAUACCUGCGGCCAGGAAGUCAUUCACUUCAAAUUAAAACACAUCUGGUUUAAAGAUCUGACUAUAAAAACUGAAUCGUUCACCAGUGUAUGUUUUACCGCUCUGCGUCUUAAAGACUCGUCGUGUCGUCUGCAAAUGUUCUGCCACAGUCGAAGCGUCUCUCUGGCUCUGUGCGACGCCAUGAAGCUACAAAGCACCUUUUUUUUUUUUUCUUUCUUGAUGUUCUAUCACUGUCUUUGAAUCUUUGGGGCCAAAAGGACCCGAGUGAGGAAGAGGAGGAGGAAGGGUCCUGAUAAAAGACUGCCUUUUAGAUGAUUAAUUAUAGAACAGGGAGGGAAGCCACUACCAUACCAAUACCACUGUUCAUCCGUGUGUGUGUGUGUGUGUGUGUGUGUGUGUGUGUGUGUGUGUGUGUGUGUGUGUUAUCCUCUCGCUGCUGCUGCUGCUGUGCAAACUCUACCGUUAAACCACUGAUCGUAUCUGCGGCUCAAUUAAAAAUCUUUUUCUUUGAGGUGAAAUCACUCGAUCGUUAUCUUGACAAAAAAAUAUGCGAUUGGAUCUUCGCUCUCGAUGAAAGGAAAAAAAAAAACAAUGUAUAAAAAUGUGAUCGUCCUGUAAACUCAAAGUCAUCAAAAGUGAUAAAUGCAGUCAAAUUGUUCUCGUUGCCGUUUGGAUUGGAAUCUACCUUUUAGGUGGCGUGAUGAGAUGAUAACGUCAAGGAGGAGGAGGAGGAGGAGAGGGUCUCUGUCAACACGCAGGAGGGGGAGGAGGAGGAGGAGGAAUAAACAAAUCCUCAGGAAGGAAAGGGAUUAUGUACAGAUGAUGUAAAGGAGGAGGAAAUCCCUGCUGCAUGCUGAAAAGUGAGGAAGAUGAGGAAUUACAGUUUGACUGCAGAGAGGAGGAAGAGGGUUUAUCAUGAAAGAAGGAGGAACAGUCCUGUUGUUCUCCAAAUGCAGAGGAGAAAUAGAUGUUGGAGGAGAACGCAGAAGGAUCAUGAUGAAAAGAGGAGGUCAGAUUUUGGUAUGCUAAAGUGAGAGGCAGCAGGAGGAGGAGGGAUGGAAGGACACGCUUCUGGAAUACUGAGAGCGGGAGGGAGGGAGGAGACAGGGAGAAUACUGAUCAGGGAGAGAGAGACGGAGACAUCGUCAUCCAUCAAACCGGCCGAGGAAGGAAAGGCCUCCGAGAGGAGGAGGAGGAGAAAAUGUUCCUGCAGAGAUGUGUAGGGGACAGGAAGGAUGAGGAGGAGACAACACGCUUCAUAUGUUCGUUCCAUGUUUCAUUUCAUCAGGUUUAGUUUCAUACGUACGUCCUGUCGUCAUCACCUACAUGGGCGGAGUCUACCUGUACUUGACCAGACGUCGGCCUGUUGGUCUGGACCGUGUCUGAGGAACCUUUCACGCCUGAUGUUGAGGACCCUUAGUCUGGAUCAGGGUCUGGUGGUCUACGUGUCACAGUCCUGCACUCGCUGCGUGAGUCCAGCUCCACCUCCAACUCCUGCCGUCAGUGAUCCCUCUGACCAAUGUGACGAUCUCUAACUCAAUAUCUCAGCUCUGAUCAGAUCAGUAAAAUAAGAUGAGAAAAAAGUGUUUAAAUGAAACUUUGAUUCUCUGUGGUUGGUUUUUUCACAGUGGCAGCAGCAACAUGAGUGUGUGUUUGUUUCAGUCUUGUUUAAACACACACACACACACACACACAUUUUAACGUCAUCCAUCUUUCAAACACACACAGCUGGGAGGAGGCAACAGAGACUGAGGAGGCUGGUGGGAGGGUCUGGUCUAAUUCCUGGAACAGCAAACAAAACUGCAUUGAUACCUUGUUUUUAGCUGCAGUGUCCGUCCAUCACCCCCCAAACAUACACACACACACACACACAGAUUUUAACAUUCUCCGACAUUGAGAUAUUUAUUGAUUAUUUUUUAAUUUAUUUUUUAUGAUGAGUUUUAUUUAUUGUGGGAGGAUGUAGUGGAGUUUAUUAGAGAGAUCACAUCAGAUGUUUACUACACACACACACACACACACACACACAUUCAUGUCAUUAUAUAUAACAUGCAAAUGUGCAGGUUUGGAAACGACCAUCUACCAUCACAAGCUGAGACGUUAGUAUCUAGUAUUUAUCUCAGGUUUCUUCUAAACAUUGAAUCUUGUGUUGAAAUUUGUUCUUCAAUUUUCCUGUUGUACCAAAGUGUAAAAGUGUUUUUCUUUUUUAAUUGAUUAGUUUCAGUUAAAUCCACUUAAAUGUCUGUAGAUGAAUCUUUGAGCCGCAAUCUCUUCAAAUUUGUUAAGAAACAGGACUGAUGGUGGAGUUGAGGCGAGUUGGUCGUUUCCCUUCCUGUCCAUGUUCAAGUCCAUCGAUUGGUCCGAUUGCUAAAGGAGACGUUGGACAAAUCGAUUUAUUUGAAUCAAUGAAAUCCUUCAUUGGACUUCGCUCACGGUCAGAACACGACAUUCAAAUCUUUCGACUCCUCUGGCUCUUAAUCCAGACGAUGUUUUCCAGGAGUCGGGCGGGAGAAGGGACAGAAACAUCUAGAGAUUCUCUGGUUUCAUUUAAACCCAUGAAACCAGAGAAUCUCUUUCAGCUAUAAGAUGAAUGUUUUUCUUGUUUCUCACUGGAGAUGAACAGAAGCUAAAUUUAUCAUAGGAACUCAAAUAUUAUCUCAAAGUUCGCUCGGUAUAAAAAGAUGUUUUAGGAUUGAACCUCUCAGCCUCAGACGCAGGUCACAGUUUUCUUAUUGGUUAUAUGGGAAAUCAGAUUAAUUCCAUUUUCUACCGAUUGGAGAAAAUCAGAAACCCACUGAAGUGAGACGAGUAAAACCAGUGACCACAAUUCAAAUCAGAGUGUCCCAAGCCCCUCCCACCCCUGCAGACUCCUGACCUACGAUUGGUUGACUGACAGAUGAGUCGAGCCAUUAGGGAAUCCCAGUGGGCGUCAUUGUACCAUAGUAACAGCGAAUCACUGAACUCCCCGCUGACUUCAAACGGGGAGUCUGAUGUCUUUAUUGUACCAUAAUAUGAUUACUGUAAUUAUUACUAUGAUCAUGAUUAUUAUUAUUCUGAGCAGGUGCUUCUCAGCUGCAGCGGGAUCAGGAUCCAACAAGUUCAAAUUAACUUUAUCUGUAAGCACUUUUCUGAUUUUUAAACGAACACCAAACUCCCAGAUCUCGCCAAGUCGUUCCCCUUUUGGGUCCCGAGUCGCCGGCUGAGAAACGCUGCUCGUACAGGAUCUUGUGUCUUAGCUCAUGAUGGGAUUGUUCAUCCAGGCGGCGCUUCAGGUGCUUCAGGUGUCAGAUCGCCAGGCUUCGGGCAGAGUUGAAAUGAGGAGUCUGCUGUGAUGCCACAAACCAAUAUAACAAAACGUUAAAUAGAAGUCAGAAACUGGUCAUUGCGAUAAAUCCCAUUUGAUGCAAAUGUGGAAUUAGCUUCACAUCAGCAGAAUCUGAGACUCCCUGAUUGGAUGCUCUCUCGGACUCUCCUGGACGUCUCUGGUCCUUUUCGACGUCAGUCUCUCUCUGUUGAAACACUCACAGCUGUGAACGACGUGACGUCACAGCGCUCCUGUCCUCUCAACCCUCAAACGAAGCCCUGUGAUCCUCAGCGCCGCCGCUCAAUCACUCAGCCUGAAAAACCCAGAAAACACACAUCGCCUUGAUUCAGCGCUUUCCAGGAUGUAGUCAGGGCCCAUUUUUUUAUACCAUUUGCCAUUGCCUUGUUUUUAUUUUUUUAUUUUUGCUGAGUUACAAUGUAAUGAUGAUGAUGAAUCUUCAUGUAAUAGCCUGUGUCAGUUUUUAUACCAUUGCCAUUGCCUUCUGCUGAGUUUGUAUAUUUGUGUGAUUUCACUAAAGUGUAAUGGAAAAGUU